AUGGGCCUUGCGUGCAACAACUGCAAAAAGUCGGCCCCCGAAGUCGACCUGAAGAGGUGUGAGAAAUGUUCCACCACGCCAUACUGCUCCAGGGAGUGCCAAAAGGCCGACUGGAAGGCCCACAAGAAGGUGUGCGGCAAAAGGGCCGAGGCCACUACAUCCAUUCAAGAUGGGUGUAGAACGACAAAUUUAUCACCGCCGAAGGGAUUGGAAGGAGGCGUCGCCAGCCCCUUCACGCGCCUUGACAACGGCACGUGGCUUCAUGGUCGGUCGGAGAAGGAUGUUUAUGGGUUGCUGAUUGACGCAUACCGACUACGAGCUGAGGACAUGUAUAACUUGGAAGGCGAAGCAGACGCUGACAGUAUAUACGGUGGAGCCGCCAAUGGACUGCGUGGCUUCAAGCGCUUCCUGCAGCGCGUCGAGCGCUGCCCCGGCCUGCUACCAUCGUGGUGGGACGAGAAGAAGAAGGACGAGUGCGAGGCAUUGGGUAUGAACCCAUUACAAUGGUACGACUUGGGAGCUGCGGUGGAGAAGAGCGAUAUUAUCGAUCAAUAUGGGGAUUCCAGAUUCCCGAUGCAGCUUCGCAUGUUUGCUGAGGCUGUGUACGGUCGGGCUCCGGGUGGGACAAAUGGGAAGGCAAUGCGGCAGUUGAUGGUCGCGAUGGAGCAGGGGAGCGUGGAUAGGAUGGAGUCGCACAUGAUGGACCCAGGAUCCAUGUUUGGUCGUCAGUGA